AUGCCCAAAGCUCGCAUCCAAGCCUCAGGAGAGGUAAAACGGUCUGCGGCUACCCCUAGCAGGAUAUCUAAGAGGCGCAGGACCACUACAAAGCACGUUGAGUUUGAGAAUGGGGCUAGUAUGACUCAGUGGAGGGUUACAGAUCUUGUCUUUGAAGAGCCUGUGCAGGAGUCUCCAAUGAAGAAGAGAGGAGGGAAGAAGGGGCCUGGAACACAAGAUCUGGCUGAGAGAGAGACAUUGAUGAAGUGGGCAAUGCCAAAGAGAGGCCGUCAUGCACAGCAGGCUGCACCAGAGCUCUACACUAAGAAUGAGAAAGAGGCACAAACUCCAGAGAAACUAGACAGACUUGCAAAGCAACAAGAUCCAAAGCACCAGGUGGCAGGCUGGACCACAGCAGAUACAGACAAUCCCCAGCAACAUUUCCAUGACAACCACAUUGAUGCCUGGGUUACUGCAUGUGACAAAGCAGGCAUCAGAAUCACAGCAAAGAGCGCUACUGCUUAUGUCGAGGCCUGGCGCUGUCGCCAACAUAGAGAAGCAGGUUCAAAUGUGCAGCACGAUGAUGGCCGGCCUCAGUUUAGCAAGGAGCUUUUUGUUGACUACAUUGUAGAGUGGAUUGUCACUGAUGAUCAGUCGCUGAGUGUUGUUGACAACCCAAGACUACGCAACAUCUUUUUGUUAUUGCAUUCUGAGCUACACGACAAAGAUAUUCCUCACCGCACAACCAUUCAGGCUCAAGUUGGUGAGGUUUUUGAAGAAUAUCUGGAUGAGCUCAGUCAGGAUAUGCAGAAUGCAGCUGGGAAAAUCUCCUUCACCAUGGACAUGUGGACAGAUCCUCAUCUGUUUCCAUACAUGGCAGUCACAGCACAUUGGCUGCAUCUGAUUUUAUCGGCUUUCAUUGUGUCCCUACCAGGCACACAGGUGAACAUCUCGCAGCUGCAUUUCUUCAUAUUCUGGAUCAUAUCAAGAUCACUUAUGAGAGCCAUUCUUCUUCGUGAGGCAAUUGAGAAAUUUCUCCAUGGGGCUGAGUUUGCAGAUCUGCGCAAGUACAGCCUUAACAGUGAGGAGUGGAAGGCGUUGCAGAUAUUUCCAAAAAUCCUUCAGAUCCCACAUGCAUUCCAGCAAAUUUUAUCAUCUCAGUCGACUCCAAUGCUCAUUAACAUCUUGCCUGCAUUCGAGGCAAUGAAGCAAUGCUGGGAAGACAGGCAGACUCAGCUACCACAUGCUGCAGAUAUAAUUCAGCAAGGUUUGGACAAACUUGCUGAUUAUCGUGAUCGCAAUUGGGCAAGCGAUGCAUAUAUUCUGGCUACAAUUAUCAAUCCAGCUCACAAGCUGGAAUGGUUUGAGCAGAAUAGUUCACAAGAGAAGGUGCAUGAUGCAGAGAAGUUAUUCUUAGCAGAGGUAUUGCACUUUUUUGUUUAA